AUGUCAAUUUGCUGCGGCACCCUCGAUGAGGGGACGGUGCCGGACCUCAAGCUGCUACGUGUGCAGCUUCAACACAUGCGAUCGUUUGAUUCACACACUACGACUUUUACCUCCGGUCGUGAGGCACAGCGUGGCGCUCUCGUGCCGCAGUCUGCUGGCGGCACCGCUGCGGUUUCACCGGUAAGUUGUGCGUUGUCUCGUGCUCAAGAGAAGUGGGACCCGAAUGAAGGCAUGCUGCGACAGUUGGAGUCACGUCUACGACGCUACCAGGAGAAAGGUGUGAAGAGGCGUGGGGACUUGGUGCUCGCCAUGGAAAAAGCGCACACACACAUGGAACUGGCUCAGACUUGUACCACGCAGUUCAAAGUUGAUGGGGAAGAGCAUCUUCAGGCGCUGCGACGAUUACUUGCCGACACCAAGAGCGCUGCUGAGUGUGUUCUGAACCGCCCUGAGAUCGUUAUCAGCGAAACGGCCAAAACUAUUGGGGAGGAAGCUGAUGAUUCCGCUGACACCUGCGAAGAGGAUGGGAGUCUCAUGUCUCGCUUGGAGGGCAUGCAAAGGGCACAGAGGGUGAUUCGUCACCAGCUAGAAGACGCCUUUGGUUUUGGAGCCCCAUCAUCAUUGGCAUCAGCGGCGGCUGUGGACAAAAUCAAGGCUGAACUGCAGAAAGAACGUGAUGAAGCAGAUGCGAGGCUUUCUGCGUUGAAGGAGUCAUUCGUUGCUAUUGUUCAACAGGCGUUGGAUGAGUUGGAGUUGUUGCGAAGGGAUCGUCUAGAGACUGAGGCACUGUGCGUGCGAAUUCUCAGUUGA